CACCGUUUGAUGAUUGGUCGCCGUUUCUUUUUCCACCCCACUGUAAUAGACCUGGAAAAUUGUUAUACUUGGCACUGUUUCCUACAUUCAACAUGCGCUUACAAAUCAAAUAGGCAAGUAAUAAUUAUGGUUUUAAAUAGUUUUCUUGGAAUAUAAAAUAAACGCACUCGGAUAAGUAAUAAAAAGUGUAAAACCGUAAAAGAGAACAGCCAAUUUUGACAACAUGUUCAAAAUGGAGCCGAAACUUGGAUAACAAAGAUUCAACAAAGAGUCUUGGAUUCAUCAACAUUAGAGAAUGGACGGUGCUGAGUCGGUGAGAUCAGGUCGUAGUGAGCGCUCAGAUCGAUCACAUCGUAGUCAUGGCAGCAGCCAUCACAGCCGCCACCACCGUCACACGCGCCCACAUGGCUCUUCCAAUCACAGUCAGCGGGGUCGCAGCGGGGAACGGAUACGGGACGACCGCUCAGUCACCAUACAGCCACCUGGUGGCAAUGGGUCUGAUGUGGACAGUCGCGUGGCGGAGAGUGAAAAAAUUGAGGUGCAGAUUUUGCCCCAGGAUGAUAAUUGGGGCGAUAACACAACUGCUUAUACUGGGAACACAAGUGAGACUGGAUUUUCGAUGGACGAUAUGCGAAGGUUUGCAAAGGAAUCAUUUGAUGACGAUUCUUCUAGUGGCAUUGACUGCUGUAGGUAUAUUACUACAGGAUUCGCGGGACUUAUCAGUUUGAUGGCUUUUUUUUCCCCGGUGGCCAUGGUGGUUUUGCCUAAGUUGAAAAUCAGUGGAUGGUCGACAGGAAUGUGUGGCGUAGAAUGUGAAGGACUGCUUAUCAGUAUGGCCUUCAAAUUGCUUAUUCUCCUCAUAGGGACUGUGGCCUUGUUUUUUCAUCGUCCGAGGGCCACCAUGCCCCGGGUGUUUGUGUUUCGAGUGGUAGUCCUCUUCCUCGUAUUUAUACUUACAUUUGCCUUCUGGCUGUUCUAUGGCGUGAAAAUCAUGCAAGAGCAGGAGGAAAACUAUUAUCAUAUAGUGCAGUUUGCUGUCCACCAAGUGGACGCGUUGCUCUUCAUCCAUUACAUCGCUAUUAUUCUCCUCAUCAUUCGCCAGCUCCAACCUCAGUACGUGCUCCACGUGGUGAGAUCUCCAGAUGGUGAAAGCCACACGUACACUCUUGGUAACCUUAGCAUUCAGCGCGCUGCAGUGUGGAUCCUUGAACAGUACUAUAAAGACUUUCAGGUGUACAACCCCUACUUGGAAAACGUGAUGAAAAAAAAUGCUAUGAAAAUGAGUGGUCUGAAAUUUUAUGACGUCGAUGGUGGGCAGCAAACAAAUAACAAUGCGCGAUCCCGUGCUAUGUUUACAGCCGCAGCACGACGCAGGGAUGCCAGCCAUAAUGACAGAUUCUAUGAAGAGCAAGAUUACGAACGAAGGGUGAGAAAGCGUAGGGCACGACUUCUCACUGCGGCAGAAGAGGCGUUUACACACAUCAAGCGAAUGCAGGAAGAAACAGGUCCAGCAGUGCCGAUGGAUCCUCAGGAAGCAGCCCAAGCCGUGUUCCCAUCAAUGGCUCGACCUCUCCAGAAGUACCUGCGUGUUACCCGACAACAGCCCCGCUACACGAUGGAAUCUGUGCUACAGCACCUGGCGACAUGCAUCAGUCACGACAUGAGCGCUAAGUCGUUCGUCGAGCGCUACAUGUAUCAGGGAGUGGUCAUAAUGAACGCGAAAGAUUACAGGGACACUCAGAAUUGGGUGCUUGUGUGCGACCAGUUGCUUACGCGGGAGAUUGAGCAUAACUUUGUGUUCCAGUUGAGACAGAAUGAUGUGUCCUUGCUGUGUUCUGUGCGAAAGUUGCCACACUUUAACCUGACUGAGGAGGUGAUAGAUCCAAAGUCGAAUAAAUUUGUUCUCAAGUUGAGUUCAGAGACGUCUGUAUAGUGAUGUUGGGAGAAGCAAGCAUAAUACCAGUAACCUAUUGUAGUGUGGUUGUGUACAGUUUUAUCGUUUGAUGUAUAUAUACAGGUACAUGUUUUAUAUUAAUUGGUUUAUCAUCAUUGACUUCAAACUGAAAAAUAAUGAGGAAUGAUGCACAAUAUUUGUUUUUGUACUUAUCUGUAUAGAUGUUUCUUAGAUGCCAGUUAUAUAUGGUGAAAGAUAAGAAAGUCAAGUGAAUAUGUUUUGCAUGAUGUGUUUUAUUUGGUUGUGUUGUAAUUUCAUGUAAUGAUAUUUGUGAACCAGUUGUGAUUUUUCAGUAAAAUUUUGCAUAGUGCAGCACCUUCUUUCCUUGAAUAUGAUCAAGUUUCUCUGGGGCAGCCAGCAUAAUGUUUCCAAGUAUUGAGUGCAUACAUCAAUAUGUGAGGAAGUAUAUGUGCAACCUCCCCUGUGUGAAUGAAAUGUGUAUACAUGUAGGGUAAAAGGAUCCAUGCAGAAUUAUGACCCUUGUCUCACUUUUUAACAGUUCUGGUUGAUGAAUGUUUUGUAGAAGCAAAUAAAGGACUCCUGCUU